AUGGCGGAAGACAACCCCGAACUGCAGGCUGCUUUGAGGGAGCUAGAUCGGGAAUUGGAGGAAGGUGACAUCACUGAGAAAGGGUACCAGAAACGGCGCACACUUCUCCUAUCGCAGUUCCUUGGACCAAACCACAAUGCUGCUCAAGGUUCCGCAGCCAGCUCCCAGAGAGAGCUGGGGCAACGGGACUCUUCAGGUGGAUAUGAGAGCGUCCCCUCCGGCGCUGAGCGAAGAGACCCCCCGGCCAUGCGGGAGCGCGUAGCCUCCACGGCCUCGUACGAUUCGCUCUUCCUUCCCAAAACAAGCUCGAUGGGCCCAAGCCAGGAGGACUCGAGAACGGCGACAUUGGUGAGCCAGAAUUAUGCGUUCAAUCCGCAUCAUACGUAUGACCAGGCAGACCAGACUACUGUUUACGAUCAGAGCGGCGGGCCGACUAGACAGUCCACGCUGCUUGAUUCGCAAGGCUAUUUUUCCGACUUUGCCGGACAUCAGAAUGAUGACUACAGGGACAGCUACGGGGGAGGGUUUCAUCGUUAUUCGCAGUCGGACGCGUUCUCACCCACCGCAAACAUGGCUCCUCCGUUGAUGCCUUCUUCCGAGAUGUCUCCUGGUGUCAUGCUGGAUCAUCUCUUACCACUCGAGCCCCGAGACGUGCAAUUUGAGGUUUACGACCCUCACGACCCCAACACGCUGAUGUCUAAGUUCGAUAACAUCCCGGCGGUUUUGCGACACCGUGCCCGCACACAUCCAAAGCAACCGGCUUAUUGGGUUUUGGAUCAGAAAGGCAAGGAAAUCGCAUCCAUUACCUGGGAGAAGCUUGCGAGUCGCGCGGAGAAGGUUGCUCAGAUCAUCCGUGACAAGAGCAGCCUCUAUCGCGGAGACCGGGUAGCCCUGGUCUACAGAGACACUGAGAUUAUCGAAUUUGCGGUAGCCCUCAUGGGCUGUUUUAUCGCGGGAGUGGUUGCUGUUCCAAUCAACAACCUGGAAGACUAUGCGAGCCUUAACGUGAUCCUGACAUCCACCCAAGCUCACCUGGCUUUGACCACUGAGAACAACCUCAAGAGCUUCCAAAGGGAUAUUACAGCUCAAAAGCUCAGCUGGCCAAGGGGGGUCGAGUGGUGGAAGACAAACGAAUUUGGCAGCUACCAUCCCAAGAAAAAGGAUGACACACCUCCUCUUGUCGUCCCGGAUUUGGCGUACAUCGAGUUUUCCCGAGCGCCGACCGGAGAUUUACGGGGAGUCGUCAUGAGCCACCGGACAAUCAUGCAUCAGAUGGCUUGUCUCAGUGCGAUCAUAUCGACCGUGCCGGGGGAUUCGAGCAGUCCUCAACAGCAGCAAUCGCGAAUCUUAACGGGCGGGGGCCAUGGCGAAACUAUUAUGACAUAUCUAGACCCGAGGCAGAGCAUCGGCAUGAUUUUGGGUGUCUUACUGACUGUCUACGGAGGCCACACUACGGUUUGGCUGGAAGCACGAGCGGUGGAGACUCCUGGUCUGUACGCUCAUUUGAUCACAAAAUACAGAGCCACCAUAAUGGCCGCAGAUUACCCCGGUCUCAAGCGCGUUGCGUACAACUACCAGCAGGAUCCCAUGGCGACACGCCAUUUCAAGAAAAACAUGGAGCCUAAUUUUGCAAGUGUUAAGCUGUGUCUUAUUGAUACCCUUACAGUCGAUUGCGAGUUCCAUGAGAUACUAGCGGAUAGGUGGCUUAGACCAAUGAGAAAUCCACGGGCAAGAGAGAUUGUGGCCCCGAUGUUGUGCCUUCCAGAGCAUGGUGGCAUGGUGAUCAGUGUACGAGACUGGCUGGGUGGCGAAGAGCGAAUGGGAUGUCCUUUGACCCACGCGCCGGAGCCUGAGGAACCUCCUGAGAAAACUGAAGAGAAGAAGAAGUCAGAGAACAAUGAUGGCUUCGGUAGCAGUUUGAUCGGGGGUACACCGGUAACCGCUCCCAAAGAGAAUACGAGAAAUGACCUGGCAGAGGUCCUUUUGGACAAGGAGGCUCUCAAAAACAACGAGGUCGUGGUGUUGGCCAUGGGAGAAGAAGCCAGGAAACUUGCAGAAUCUCGUCCCAACGCGGUCCGAGUUGGCGCUUUCGGGUAUCCCAUCCCUGAUGCUACGCUCGCCAUUGUUGAUCCAGAAACCAAUUUAUUGUGCACGCCCAACGUCAUAGGCGAAAUCUGGGUUGAUUCGCCCUCGCUCUCUGGCGGUUUCUGGGCAUUACCCAAGCAUACGGAGACUAUAUUCCAUGCUCGGCCUUACAAGUUCGAGCCGGGAAACCCUACGCCAGUUUUGGUGGAACCGGAAUUUCUUCGUACUGGUCUUCUUGGCUGUGUCAUUGAAGGCAAGAUAUUUGUCCUUGGUCUGUAUGAAGAUCGCCUUCGACAAAAAGUCGAAUGGGUUGAGCACGGGCAAGAAAUUGUCGAGCACCGUUAUUUCUUCGUGCAGCAUCUGAUCAUCAGCAUUAUGAGGAACGUCCCGAAAGUUCAUGACUGUUCAGCGUUUGAUGUCUUCGUCAACGAAGAGCAUCUUCCAAUUGUGGUGUUGGAGUCUUACGCGGCUUCGACUGCUCCGACAACUUCUGGUGGCCCUCCUCGGCAGUUGGAUACAGCACUUCUCGAGUCUUUGGCAGAGAGAUGCAUGGAAGUCUUGUACCAAGAACACCAUCUGCGCGUCUACUGUGUCAUGAUCACAGCACCCAAUACUCUGCCACGGGUCACCAAGAACGGGAGACAAGAGAUUGGUAACAUGCUGUGUCGCAAGGAGUUUGACAAUGGUUCUCUUCCUUGCGUGCACGUUAAAUUCGGUGUGGAACGUUCAGUAAUGAAUUUGCCAGUCGGUGUGGAUCCCGUUGGAGGUGUGUGGUCUCCCUCGUCGUCUGCUGCAAGACAAGAGAUGCUCGCUAUGGAGGAGAAACAAUACUCGGGUGUCGAUUACCGCGGGGUUGUGAUGGAUGACCGGACAUCCACUCCACUGAACAAUUUCACCAAUAUUGUAGAUCUGCUUCAAUGGCGAGUGACGAGGCAAGCGGAAGAGCUGGCAUAUUGCUCCAUCGACGGACGCGGUAAGGAAGGCAAAGGAAUAACCUGGAAGAAAUUCGAUAGCAAGGUGGCUGCUGUGGCUACAUAUCUGAAAAACAAGGUCAAAGUCCGACCUGGGGAUCACUUGGUGCUCAUGUACACUCACUCCGAAGAGUACGUGUUUGCUGUUCACGCUUGCCUCUGCCUUGGAGCGAUUGCCAUUCCAAUGGCCCCGAUCGAUCAAAAUCGACUUUCGGAGGAUGCCCCCGCGUUUCUCCAUGUCGUGGGGGAUUUCAAGGUGAAAGCAAUCAUUGUGAACAAUGAUGUCGACCACGUCUUGAAACAGAAAGCAGUGUCUCAACAUAUCAAGCAAUCUGCGCAGGUUCUCCGAAUCGGUGUGCCCGCUAUCUAUAACACUACCAAACCUCCUAAGCAAUCCCACAGUUGCCGGGACCUGGGCUAUACGAUAAAAGAAGCAUGGUUACAGGAAAAUCAUCCGGCUAUCAUUUGGACGUACUGGACAGCUGACCAGAGGAGAAUCUCAGUUCAACUGAAUCAUGACACGAUCAUGGCCAUGUGUAAGGUGCAAAAGGAGACUUGUCAAAUGACGAGUUCGCGGCCGAUACUUGGAAGCGUCCGGAGUACUGUAGGUCUUGGAUUCCUGCACACAUGUGUGCUUGGAUGUUACGUUGUCUCUCCUGUUGAUUUUGCUCAGAACCCCACGUCGCUUUUUGUAACGCUAUCACGAUACAAGAUCAAGGAUACCUACGCUACCAGCCAGAUGUUGGACUAUGCCAUGAGCACCAUGGCUGGGAAGGGGUUCCAACUGCAGGAGCUGAAAAACUUGAUGAUUUCAACGGAUGGCAGGCCACAUUGCGAUAUGUACCAGAAAGUCCGUCUGCAUUUUGCUGCCGCAAGCCUCGACAGAACAGCAAUCAACACCAUCUACUCCCAUGUUCUGAACCCGAUGAUCACAUCCCGGUCAUAUAUGUGUAUUGAGCCUAUUGAGCUCUGGCUGGAUCUGCGGGCCUUGCGCCGUGGGCUCGUCUAUCCCGUGGACCCAGACGUCGAUCCCAUGGCGCUUCGCGUCCAGGAUUCGGGUAUGGUUCCUGUCAACACUCAGAUUUCCAUUGUUAAUCCAGAAACCUGCACACUCUGCCGCGUGGGUGAGUAUGGAGAAAUCUGGGUGCAGUCAGACGCUUGCGCCAAGUCAUUCUAUGGCAGUAAGCAGGAGUUCGAUAUGGAACGAUUCAACGGCAGGGUUGUCGACGGAGAUCCCACUGUACGAUAUGUUCGGACCGGCGACCUUGGAUUCCUCCAUACAGUUACCCGACCGAUCGGCCCCGGCGGUCAGCCUGUAGAGAUGCAGGUGUUGUUUGUCUUGGGAGGCAUCGGAGAAACGUUCGAAGUCAACGGGUUGAACCAUUUCCCUAUUGAUAUUGAAAAUACUGUCGAGAAGUGUCACCGGAAUAUUGUUCCUGGAGGAUGCGCUGUCUUCCAGGCAGGUGGCCUGGUCGUCGUUCUUGUUGAGGUCACGCGGAAGGCGUAUUUGGCUUCUAUGGUGCCCGUCAUUGUCAACGCCAUUCUCAACGAACAUCAGGUUGUAGCUGACAUCGUGGCGUUCGUUUCGCACGGAGACUUCCCUCGGUCACGCCUUGGUGAGAAACAGCGAGGUAAAAUAUUAGGCUCCUGGGUGACCAAGAAGAUGCGGACGAUAGCCCAAUUCAGCAUACGCGACGCAGAUCGAACCGACGGACACAUGUCAGAACCCCAGCCCCGCAUGAGCAGAGGCUCCAAGACUGGAAGCGUCAUGGGCAAUAGUCUUCGACAGUCGGCUCUCGCGCCCGAAAACGAAUCUACGUCGCGCUCGCAAGCCCCUGUGAAAGAAGAAAACAGGAACGAGAUUGCUGCCGAACCAUCUCAGACACAUGAAGAUGAAGAAGAGAUGCACUAUCAGGAGAUUCUCAACACUCCUGGCUACGACUUAUCGGCUGCUUUGGCUGGUUCAGAUAUGAAGUCCGAACACGUGGAUAGCGCAGACUUGCCGAGUCCUUCCCCACUGAAAGUGAGGAACACGGACGGCAGCGCUGAUAGUCCUUCUACGGUUGUCACUCCAAGUCAGGGAUUCGACUUUGGUGAAAACUUCCCGCACAAACCACAGACUGGCGAUUAUCAGUCAUCGUCCACAGCCGUUCCGUCGUUUGAGGUUGUACCUCCUUCAACUUCCGCGUCACAGGGUUCACAGGGUUCACAGGGUGAUGCUCCUCCUCCACUGCAAAUUCGCAAGGGGCGCGAUUCUCUUCCCAGCCAGCAACGGCGUUUAAGUAGUCUUCAAGCUGGUAUCAACUCGCUAAACAUCUCGGAAAAUCCCCCGCAGCAACAACGACAUGAAUCUCAAUCUGGGCCGAGCAUACAUGAAGAUAAUAAUGAAGAGGAUUGGCCGCAGGAGGCGCUUCUCUACCAGUCUCGUCUAGGGGUAAAUGACACUCCUGAGGCGAACGGAAAUUCUAGCAAACCGAAUGCUGCGUUUUAG